AUGUCGGUAUCAUGGCCGCCCCCAAACUCGCAGAAACCCCCCGACGACGAACCACUCCUGCAUUCCUUACAUCGGGACUCCCUUAUGAAUGGCCUGCUUCGAGCACCCUCCCGACCCCAUACUCCGAGUUCCUUCAAGUUGCGCAGUCUGGGCAGCGGCGGUUCCCAGUCCGGCCAACCUGUGGAGCCGGAGGCCGGUCUCGAUGAAGAUCCCCAGAUUGUCCGCUUUCGCGCACUCUUUCAGGAGACGGAGGAGAAACUUGCCACACUCUUCAAUGACGUCGGACAGGUCGUCGUCCCUCAAAAGCGCGUCCUUGCCGUUGCAUCACAGACGGAAUCCGCAUCCUCCUCGGCGCCCAUCCCUGCUCCUAUAUCGAAGAAGCGCAAGUUGGACGAUGACGACUACGACGAUUAUGACGAGGACGAGGACGACGAGGACGAGACUGCCGAUGCUGCAAAGGCAUCCCCCCUCAAGGACAAGCCGAACAAAGUGCACAUUGUCGCCGAUGCUACCUCGUCGCCGAUCCCGAGGCCCGCUCCGCCGGUGUCCAUCCCCUCCGAUCCUGCAAAGCCUCUCUCAAAGACCGGUUCAUUCAAACAGAAAGAAGAUGCAGAGGAUGCCCGGAAGAAGCUAGAAGAGUCCAAGCGCAAGGAAAUCGAGACCAUCAAAACAAUGUCGCGUACCAUGUUCUUCACCCUGGAAAACGACCGGGACGCCAUGUUAGAUCAACAACGUCUUGAUGAGGCGGAGCGGCGCGCCGAAGCAGAAGCCGAAGGCCAUGCAAACCGACAGAACGCCGCCAUGCAGCAAGGAAGUCUCAGCAAAGCCAACCUCGGCGCAUCCAGUCUGACCCUGAAGAACCUCAUUGCGCGCUUGGACGAACACCGGAACCUGGUGCACGCGACCGAGUCGGAACUACGCGCGCUCAUGAGCGAAGUUCGCAAGAAUCGAAGUAAAUGGGCAAGUGAGGACAAAGUCGGCCAGGAAGAAUUGUACGAAGCGGCGGAGAAAGUCCUGACUGAAUUAAAAGCACACACCGAACACUCGACUCCGUUCCUCAACCCGGUCAAGAAGAAGGACGCCCCUGAUUAUUACCUCAUCAUCAAGUACCCUAUGGACCUCGGCACUAUGACCAAGAAGCUCAAGCAGUUCGCCUACAAGUCGAAGAAGGAAUUCGUCGACGACUUGACUCAAAUAUGGAAGAACUGUCUCAAGUUCAACAGUAAUCCCGAUCAUCUGUUUCGCAAGCACGCGCUGUUCAUGCAGAAGGAGACGGACAAGCUGGUACCCCUGAUUCCGGACAUCGUCAUUCGAGAUCGCGCUGAAGUCGAGGCCGAAGAGAGGAGGCAGCAGAUCGCCAAUGGCGAGCUGGAGGCCGAGGCGGAGGAGAGCGAUGACGAACCCAUCAUGUCGUCGAGAGGUCGUAAAGCUCCCAAGAAAAGCGCCAAAAAGGGUGGCUCGACGUCACGAAAAGCACCUCCAGAAACUACUCCUAUCCCGGAAACGAAACCGGUCUUGCAAUCACUGAGCUCGGUACAGAACGGUAUCCGAGCCGAGUCCGAAGUUGACGGGAGUCAAGGUCACUCAACGCCCCCACCAGGAAUAUUGACGCCAGCGGGAGCUCAUGGGCCCGGAAGUGUGAUUGGCGCCGGAAGUGAAGGCAUGGACUUGGAUAUCCCUGCCUUACCUUCACAAGCACCAAUGCCCGAGUACGAAGACGAAGAUUACAAACUUUGGAAACAAAAGACCAAGAAAGAUCGGGCGUUACUCGCCGCUGCGCGGCACAAGCUAUUUCGCGGGGACAAAUUGAAUGUUGAAGAAACUGCAUUGCUGCGGAGCAAAGCAGGGAUGCGCAGGUGGCAGCGAAUGCGCCAGGAAGCUACUUCGAAAGACAUUGCCGAGCUCGGCGUGGAUGCAUCAGAGCGACAAAAAAGGGCUGAGAUCCAGGGGCAAACGCUGGCUGAAGGAAUGGAAGUCGAGGAAGAAAGCAUGCUUCCGGACUACUACGAUUGUCUCUCCGCGAUCCCAGACAUCGACCCUCGAAUGCGGUGGGAACAAGAUGCCGAAGGCCAGGUCAUUGCUCACGGGGAGGAAUUCAUGCGUCUCGUCCCACCAGGCUAUUUCAUGGCACCCGAAGGCAAGCUUUCCAAGAAGAUAGACGCCAACAUGCGUCAAUUACAGGAUACCCGCAAGGUUGUCUCCAAGAUCGCCGUCGUCAAGCAAAUGCAGCUGCAGUCUCAAACCUAUCAGAACCAGUUUCAGAAGUACCAGGCCGAACCGUUCGUCGAGGCGGACAUCCCGAAUUAUGUGGUGAGUGAUGACGGGCCUCUGAUGGCGCCGUGGGUGUGCAAGGCCGCGUUCCAAAGGUCCAUUGGCAAGAUUUUCUUCCACGCCGGGUUUGAAGAGUUCCAGCCUUCAGCGCUUGAUGCUAUGACGGAUAUCGCAGCAGACUUCUUCCAGCGGCUAUGCACGGCGUUGGCAAAUUACAAGGAAGAUUACAAGAUCCCCGUCACGACGACGGUGACUGGGGCACAAGGUCAAAAGACGGAAACGACCUACAAAUCCCCAUAUACCAGCGAAGAAGCGAUCCUUCAUGCGUUACACUCGGGCGGAAUGACCAUGAACGACCUGGAACUCUACGCGCGCGAGGACAUCGACCGUUUCUCCGCCAAACUCAGUACCAUGCACGACCGGAUGAAAGCGCAUUUGACCGAUCUUCUCCGUCCGGCACUGACUGACGAAACGGCGCACGGCCAUGGUUCUUUCGCCGAUGGUGGCGAACAAUACGUCGGCGGCGACUUUGCGGGCGACCUGGACGAGGAUUUCUUUGGCUUCCGUGAACUCGGACUAGACAAGGAAUUCGGAAUGGCGAGCUUGACCGUGCCUUUCCACAUCCUGCAAAAUAGAUUGGGGAUGAAUAGCCAGGCCGUCGGACCGGUCGAUAUCGGGGAGUCGAUGUUCAAGGAACCGCAGCGCUGGCCGAGGAUCAGCCUGGACAAUGUGGAGGAUCAGAUCGGACUCAUGCGCGAUUGGUUCCAGCGCCGGCUGCGCGAGAAUGGAGAUCGACCACUCGUGGAAGAUCUGGAGUUACCGCUCAAGCAAAGGCCAGGCUACGGGCGGGCACGCGUCCCGGCAAGUGGCAAGAUUGGAGAGGGCACCCUUAAGAAUAAUAAUACGAGUCCCCAGAAGAAGGGCCCGGCGAAGGGUCCGAACGCCGCGAAGCCUACUGUCCCUGCGAACACCAAUGUGACGCCGGGGAAGAAAAAAGGCAACGCAGACGAGACACCCGUGAUGAAUGGCGCCGGCAACGCCACACCCAGUACGCCCGGACCCGGCGGAGAUGGCAGUCCCGAUAAGAAAGCCAAGCCGACGGUCAAGGGGAGGACGAUGACAACCACGGACAUGAAUCAAGCGGGUGAGAAAGAUAGUCAACCAGAACCUGCCGUCGAGGAUUUUGUCGUGGACGGCAUGAUGGAUGAUGACGCCGUGGAGGUUAAUGGCGUGGCUGAUGGCAAGGCCAACGGUAUCAAUGGGGACGGCGAUGCAAGCAUGAUGAGUCCGGAGAGCUUGUAG